UGUGUGUGUGUGUGUGUCAGAGAGAAAGAGGUGUGAACUGUCAGACGAGAGGACUCGAUACCGAUGCGCUUGAAAGGAGUGAAGCAAAACCGCUUGUUGCGCUAUAAUUUUUACACAAGAGGACGACAGGAAAUAUAGUUUGUUGUUGUUGUGAUAUUUACUACCUAAUAUAGAUCUUUCGACGAAACAUAGGAGAACAAUAACAGGCUAUAACCUCUGUCUUGCCAGGCCAUUACUCAUGCAUUGUGGUAAGCUAACUGGGUAGCUUUGACUUAAGGGAUUGUUCCAUAACCUGAAAAACAAAUCGCUUCCCUUUUUUUGAAGAGGAAGAAGAGGAGGCGGGGGCCGCAUAGCUUCUUCUGUAUUUCAUUCAUUCAUUUUUUUUUUAUUCUGCAAACGGAGCUUAUCUGAAUCAGGCUACUUCGUCUAUCUUCAUAUUAGGACGACAGCGGCGGGAGAGAGGUGUGUGAGGAAGAGGAAGAGGCAGGAAUGAUGAUGAUUGGUAAAUCGGUGAAAGACAUUGACAGAUAUCAAACUGUCCUGACUUCGCUACUGUCACUCGAGGAGAACAAAUUCUGCGCGGAUUGUAAAUCCAAAGGUCCCAGAUGGGCGUCAUGGAACCUGGGUAUUUUCAUCUGUAUCCGCUGUGCUGGGGUCCACAGGAACCUGGGCGUCCACAUCUCCAGGGUCAAGUCUGUCAACCUGGACCAAUGGACACAGGAACAGAUACAGUGUGUUCAGGAGAUGGGGAAUGCCAAGGCCAGACGACUCUAUGAAGCGUUCCUCCCAGAAUGUUUCAUACGACCAGAGACUGACCAGUCAGCAGAGAUGUUCAUCAGGGACAAAUAUGAGAAGAAGAAGUACAUGGACAAGAUCCUAGAUGUCAACAGACUUCGAAAAGAGAAGAGCUGUGAAAACAUCCCCAAGGAGCCAGUGGUGUUUGAGAAGAUGAAGUUGAAGAGAGAAAACAGCCCAAAGACACAGACCCAGUCUCCGUCUAUCUCAGACCUCCUAGGACUUGAUGAUCCUGCUCCCCAUGCUGCUAUAUCCAAUGUUAGGUCCAGCUCUGGAGAGAGGGGGAGUCCUCUGGUGGCUAACCCAGCUACGGUGCACUCUGACCUGAAUCUUUUCAGCUCUCUGCCUGCCUCUUCCUCCACCAACACCACGCCGGUGGGUAGUUCCAUGCCCAGGGGUUGUGUGGCCGCGUCGGUACCCGAGAACCUCAGCCUGUUCCUGGACUCAGCACCCAGACAGGAGGGCUCUAGGACAAAGAUGUCUAAGGACUCCAUCCUCUCCCUCUAUGCAACCACACCCACAUCGCACCAGAACCUAGCUGCGCGGGCUGGCCUAUACAUGAACCCAGCCCAGCUGGGCUACUACGGAUCGUACCAUUCCCUGGCCACUGAGGGGGGAGCGAUGGGAGGAGCCAUGGUGACAUCACACUCCAUGAUGGCCCUGAGUGGUCAGCAGCAGAACGGCAUGAUGGGAGGGCAACAGCAAAGCGUUAUGGGAGCUAAGCAGAAUGAAAUGGUGGGAGCUCAGCAGAAUGGCAUGAUGGGAGCUCAGCAGAAUGGAAUGGUGGCAGCACAACAGAAUGGCUUUAUGGCUCAACAGGGAGUCAUGGGGCAAGCAGUCAACACAUCCCCGUUCAUGGCAGGAGUGCCACACAGCAUGAUAAAUCAUCAGCAAAGCAUUAUGGGAGCUCAGCAGAGUGUUAUGAUGGGAGCUCAGCAGUGCGGCAUGAUGGGAGCUCAGCAGAGAGGCAUGAUGGGCGCGCAGCAGAGAGGCAUGAUGGGAGCUCAGCAGAACGGCAUGAUGGGAGCUCAGCAGAACGACAUGAUGGGAGCUCAGCAGAACGGCAUGAUGGGAGCUCAGCAGAACGGCAUGAUGGGAGCUCAGCAGAACGGCAUGAUGGGAGCUCAGCAGAAUGGCAUGAUGGGAGCUCAGCAGAGAGGCAUGAUGGGCGCUCAGCAGAGAGGCAUGAUGGGAGCUCAGCAGAACGGCAUGAUGGGAGCUCAGCAGAAUGGCAUGAUGGCAGCUCAGCAGAGAGGCAUGAUGGGAUUGCAACAUAACGGCAUCAUGGGAGCACAGCAACAAAGCAUCAUGGGACGUCAACAGAAAGGCAUGACGGGCGGAGUGGCGUCCGUGCCUCAGGAGGAUCAGUGCGCCAUCACUCAGAUGACCCAGCACAUGGCGGGGGUGAACUUCUAUGGCACCAACGCCAUGACGGGUUACGGCAGUCAGCACAUCGGCGGACCAAAGACUCAAAGCUCCAACCACAUGACGACGUCUCACGUCUGGAAGUGAUGUCAUCGCCCGAAGAGGAAGUUGAUGUCACUGAGCAGCAGUGGUGCUUGGAAGGUUUCGGGGACUUUUCGAAUGAACUUUCCAUCAGACAUUUUAGAUAACAUGGGAGGAGGAUGAGGAAGAGAAGGAGGGUGGGUAGUUUACUUAGGCGCGCUUUCGAUCUCUCCUCUCCUCUCCUCUCCUCUCCUCUCCUUAUUUCAGAGCAAUUUCCAUGCUUGCCUUCAGUUCAUUCUACGACCAAUCAAAGGACAGGGCUCAGAGUUGAAGACAUCACAGAGGUCAUACUGAACUGGGACCACAGCAUAGAAUACAUCUCAUAUCCAGUGUGUGUGUGUGUGCGUGUGUGUGGUUGUUUGUGCAUGCUUAACUGUUUCUGAAGAACCCCUCCAACUGAACUAUUCCUGAAGAACUCAUCCAACUGAACUAUUCCCGAAGAACUCAUCCAACUGAACUAUUCCUGAAGAACUCAUCCAACUGAACUAUUCCUGAUGAACUCAUCCAACUGAACUAUUCCUGAAGAACUCAUCCAACUGAACUAUUCCCGAAGAACUCAUCCAACUGAACUAUUCCCGAAGAACUCAUCCAACUGAACUAUUCCUGGUUUGAAACAGACUUCAGUUAGUUUAGUCUCCUCCCUAGUUUGAAUAGAUCUGGGUUGUGUUCCAAAUGGCACCAUAUUCCCUUUAUAGGGCACUACUUUAUACCAGGGUCUAUAGGGUAGUAGUGCACUACUUUAGACCAGGGUCUAUAGGGUAGUAGUGCACUACUUUAGAACAGGAUCUAUAGGGUAGUAGUGCACUACUUUAGACCAGGGUCUAUAGGGUAGUAGUGGUAAUGGAUUCUCAGUCAAUUGUCCUUUAAACAACGGCCGGCUAAUCAGAAACCAAAGAUGACAGGAGAGCUUUAUUAUAGCUAGUAAUGGCUAGGGCAGAUGUGUUGGGUAUUGUAUUGCUAUUGUACUAAAUGAUUAGCAUACUAGUGAUUUAUACAAUAUUAGUUACUUUCAAACAUGUAGAGAACAUUUAAAGCAGUGCGAUAUAUACACCACCAGUCAAAAGGUUUACAACACCACCUCAUUCAAGGGUUUUUCUUUAUUUUUAUUAUUUUCUACAAUGUAGAAUAAUAGUGAAGACAUCAACACUAUGUAAUAACACAGAUGGAACCAAAAGAAAGUGUUAAACAAAUCCAUUUGAGAUUUGCCUUGAUGACAGCUUUGCACACUCUUGGUAUUCUCUCAACCAGGAAUGCUGGAAUGCUUUUCCAACAGUCUUGAAGGAGUUCCCACAUAUGCUGAGCACUUGUUGGCUGCUUUUCCUUCACUCUGCGGUCCAACUCAUCCCAAACCAUCACAGUUUGGUUGAGGUCAGGGGAUUGUGGAGGCCAGGUCAUCUGAUGCAGUAAUCCAUCACUCUCCUUCUUGGUCAAAUAUCCCUUACACAGCCUGGAGGUGUGUUGGGUCAUUGUCCUGUUGAAAAACAAAUGAUAGUCCCACUAAGCACAAACCAGAUGGGAUGGUGUAUCGCUGCAGAAUGCUGUGGUAGCCAUGCUGGUUAAGUGCGCCUUGAAUUCUGAAUAAAUCAACAAUUACAGACAGUGUCACCAGCAAAGCACCCCCACACCAUCACACCUCCUCCUCCAUGCUUCACCGUGGGAACCCCAGAUGCGGAGAUCAUCCGUUCACCCACACCGCAUUUUACAAAGACACGGCGGUUGGAACCAAAAAUCUCUCAUUUGGACUCAUCAGAACAAAGGAAAAAUGUGCACAAGUCUAAUGUCCAUUGAUCGUGUUUCUUGGCCCAACCAAGUCUCUUCUUCUUAUUGGUGUCCUUUGAACAGUUGAUGUUGAGAUGUGUCUGUUACUUGAACUCUCUGAAGCAUUUAUUUGGGCUGCAAUUUCUGAGGCUGGUAACUCUGGGUCUUCCAUUCCUGUGGCGGUCCUCAUGAGAGCCAGUUUCAUCAUAGCGCUCUACGGUUUUUGCGACUGCACUUGAAGAAACUUUAAACGUUCUUGAAAUGUCUUAAAGUGAUGAUGGACUGUCGUUUCUCUUUGCUUAUUUGAGCUGUUCUUGCCAUAAUACGGACUUGGUAUUUUACCAAAUAGAGCUAUCUUCUGUAUACCACCCCUACCUUGUCACAACACAACUGAUUGGCUCAAAUGCGUUAAGAAGUUCACAAGUUAACUUUUAACAAGGCGCACCUGUUAAUUGAAAUGCAUUCCAGGUGACUACCUCAUGAAGCUGGUUAAGAGAAUGCCAAGAAUGUGAAAAACUGUCAUCAAAGAAAGAAAGACGAAUCUCAAAUAUAAAAUACAUUUUGAUUUGUUUGACACUUUUUUGGUUACAAUAUGAUUCCAUGUGUGUUAUUUCAUAGUUUUGAUGUCUUCACUAUUAUUCUACAAUGUAGAAAAUAGUUUUUUUAAAUAAAGUAAAACCCUUGAAUGAGUCGGUGUUGUAAAACUGUUGACCGUUACUGUAUAGAAUGGCUAUUCAUUUUUAUGUUAAAGGAUAAAAUUAGCAGGUAUGCUAGUCUAGCUAAUAACUCCUCUGGUGCAAAUCAAAUCAAAUCAAAUGUUAUUUGUCACAUACACAUGGUUAGCAGAUGUUAAUGCGAGUGUAGCGAAAUGCUUGUAAGUAAAGGCCUUACUAAUAACUCCUCUGGUUACAUUGGUUUUUUAUAUAGCUUAGCUAGCUAUAUCAUGAUUCUUUGUAGUAUGAUCUAUUGAGCAUAUCAACACUCACUGUGCUACGCCUCGGGUGGCAAAAAUAUGUAAACGUUCCUGAAAUUCCCAGAAUUUCCACCAAAUCCUGUUUGGAAGGAUCUCAGAAAUUAGCCGCGGAUAAGCAGGAUAUUUGGAAAAUCUGGGAAUUUGAGGAAAGUUUGUAACCCUAGCUACAUCCUCAAUAUGACAUGAGGGUAAAGGUCUUACUGUAUGUAAGCGAGAGAAGGAGAGAAGGGAGAUAAAGAGAGAAGGGAGAUAAGGAGGGAAGGUGAUAAGGAGGGAAGGAGAUAAGGAGGGAAGGAGAUAAGGAGGGAAGGUAGGAGAAAAAUAAAGUGUUGAGUACAGGGGGCUCUUCCAGGAAGCAGGAUCAAUGAGUUAGCCAGCUGUCCUUAAUGAACUAAAUCCUUAAUAUUCGGAAAUUACAUUUAGUUUAUUAUGUAUAUAUAUAUAUAUAUAUAUAUAUAAAAGUUAGCUGGCUAAUUUAAUCCUGCUUUCUGGAAAGGCCCCUAACUGUGAAUCUAAGUCAUUGUGAGGACAGAGAAUAUUUUUGUGUCUAAAACUACAACUUAUUCCCUAUUUAGUGCACCUACAGUAUUUAGGGCCCAUAGGGGAUCUGUCAAAAGUAGUGCACUAUGUAGGGAAUAGGGUGACAUUAGGGACGUGACCUAUUUGACCACCGACAGUCGCGUGUAUGAUAGUUCUAGAAUACACAGGUUUAUACAUUUGAUUGAUGUCUAUUUGAGACUGUAUGACAUGAAUGCCUUAUCUAUGAAUGUCUACUAUCUGAACAGUAUGUCUGUAUAUUUAUUGUCUCUUUGUGCACACGUCUAGGAAUGUCUCAAUGAUCACACUAUGAAUGUAUGCGUAUCUCUGAAUUAGGAAAAGGGGUCAGUUCUGUCAAUUUAUGAAAUGAAGAAUUCUUAUAGAAAUCAAAUUCAAGCAUUGAACAAUUCAAGGUUUGAAUUAAAAUUGAAACGGACAAAAUUCAACCCCUGAAUUGAGAAUUGAACUGCACCCAACCCUGCACUGAAUCUGUCUUCGUUCUGUCCCCUCUCACUGCCUGACUAUCAUCUGUAGUUAGUUCAAUCUAACAUAACGUCUCUCAAUGUCAUUAAGUAUGUUGUUCCUAUGAAUGUAUUCAGGCUAUCUAUGUAUGAGUAUACUAUCAGUGUUAUUGUCAAUUAAUCUAAGUGUUUGGUUGUUCUCGGACUACCUGUCAUUGAAUGUAAGUCUUUGAAUGUUCUCUGGCUACCUGUCAUUGAAUGUAAGUCUUUGAAUGUUCUCUGGCUGCCUGUCAUUGAAUGUAAAGUCUUUGAAUGUUCUCUGGCUGCCUGUCAUUGAAUGUAAAGUCUUUGAAUGUUCUCUGACUACCUGUCAUUGAAUGUAAGUCUUUGAAUGUUCUCUGACUGUGUCUGAAUCUAUUUCAGGUUCCGUAGGACUACUUAGAGCCCUGCACAGGCAUGCAUUUUAAGCCAGAGCUCUACCAAAUCCCGGCAACAUUCAGGCCCUACCCUGCCCAGCCCUGCUUCUGCUAACUUUAAGGCCCAGCCCUGCACGAAGCCCAAAAUCAGAAAUCACUUCCUCUGUUAGUAAAUCCAUUAUCUGCUCUGUCUGUCACUCACCCCCCUGCACACAGCUCGCUCUGCAUGCGCUCUGCUCAUGGCGCUCUUGAGUCUGUGAGUAACCAUAGCGACGGCUCCGCUUCGGGCCGCUCGAUGACGAGGGCAGUUAGCUGUUAGCUAAUUUUCAACUCAAGGAACAUUAUUAUUUUCUGUCAAAUAAUCUCUCCUGUCUUAUAUUUGACAAGGUUGAAGCACUUCUAACGCCACGUUCUGAUCUUAGUCAGACAUGACCAUACUGCACAGCAGAGCACGUGGCUCAGCUUCAACAUUUUAAUGAUCAUUUAAUGGUACGCGAGCCAUACCAGUAGCCUAGUUAUUGAUGAGAAGAAAAUAAAAAACGGCCCUAAUCUGAUGUUGGGGCCCGUCGGGCUUGGGACGGAUAGCAGAGCUCCAGGACUCCUUCUGUUCUCAGUCCACCAAUAGGAGAGCUCCAGGACUCCUUCUGUUCUCAGUCCACCAAUAGCAGAGCUCUAGGACUCCUUAUGUUCUCAGUCCACCAAUAGCAGAGCUCUAGGACUCCUUCUGUUCUCAGUCCACCAAUAGCAGAGCUCUAGGACUCCUUCUGUUCUCAGUCCACCAAUAGGAGAGCUCCAGGACUCCUUCUGUUCUCAGUCCACCAAUAGGAGAGCUCCAGGACUCCUUCUGUUCUCAGUCCACCAAUAGGAGAGCUCCAGGACUCCUUCUGUUCUCAGUCCAUCAAUAGGAGAGCUCCAGGACUCCUUCUGUUCUCAGUCCACCAAUAGCAGAGCUCUAGGACUCCUUCUGUUCUCAGUCCACCAAUAGCAGAGCUCUAGGACUCCUUCUGUUCUCAGUCCACCAAUAGCAGAGCUCUAGGACUCCUUCUGUUCUCAGUCCACCAAUAGCAGAGCUCUAAGACUACUUCUGUUCUCAGUCCACCAAUAGCAGAGCUAUAGGACUCCUUCUGUUCUCAGUCCACCAAUAGCAGAGCUCUAGGACUCCUUCUGUUCUCAGUCCACCAAUAGCAGAGCUCUAGGACUCCUUCUGUUCUCAGUCCACCAAUAGCAGAGCUCUAGGACUCCUUCUGUUCUCAGUCCACCAAUAGCAGAGAUCUAGGACUCCUGUUCUCAGUCCACCAAUAGCAGAGCUAUAGGACUACUUAUGUUUUCAGUCCACCCAGAGUUCUAGGACUACUUAUGUUCUCAGUCCACCAAUAGCAGAGCUCUACGACUCCUUCUGUUCUCAGUCCACCAAUAGCAGAGCUCUAGGACUACUUAUGUUCUCAGUCCACCAAUAGCAGAGCUCUAGGACUACUUAUGUUCUCAGUCCACCAAUAGCACAGCUCUUCAUAUCAGCGUCCCAAGUGGCAUGCUAUCCCCUUGCAAGUGCACUACUUUUGAUCAGAGGCAUCAGAAGUAGUGCACUAGGGGAUAGAAUGACAUUUGGGACAUGUGUUGACCAGCCUGUUGACCAGCCUGUUGAUCAGCCUGUUGACCAGUCUGUUGAUCAGCCUGUUGACCAGCCUGUUGAUCAGCCUGUUGACCAGCCUGUUGAUCAGCCUGUUGAUCAGCCUGUUGACCAGCCUGUUGACCAGCCUGUUGAUCAGCCUGUUGAUCAGCCUGUUGACCAGCCUGUUGACCAGCCUGUUGAUCAGCCUGUUGACCAGCCUGUUGACCAGCCUGUUGACCAGCCUGUUGAUCAGCCUGUUGAUCAGCCUGUUGACCAGCCUGUUGAUCAGCCUGUUGACCAGCCUGUUGAUCAGCCUGUUGAUCAGCCUGUUGACCAGCCUGUUGAUCAGCCUGUUGACCAGCCUGUUGAUCAGCCUGUUGACCAGCCUGUUGACCAGCCUGUUGACCAGCCUGUUGACCAGCCUGUUGAUCAGCCUGUUGACCAGCCUGUUGACCAGCCUGUUGAUCAGCCUGUUGACCAGCCUGUAAAGCUAUUGGAGCCUUUAAGUUUCGGACAGCAGACAUUUGUUAUCCUUUACUUUUUUCUCUUUUUUUUUGACUAUCAGCGAUUGGCCACUGGGUAUAUGCCAAUCAUUCCUUAUGUAGUCAGCGCCCGAACCCCAGGUCUGUUUACUCACACGCAAACAAAUAAAAACAAAUAGCAUCUGUU